AAAACAGCGACGACAAACAGAUAGAAAACAACAAGACAGCCAGAACGACUGGGUGCUUGCGAUUCACAUCGAAUUAUCAUUAUUAGUACUGUGUUACAUCUAUAUAAUUUUUGUUUAAUAACGAAACACAAGGUGCUGUGCAUCCAGAACACAUGCAUAAGCAACCGUGUACACGAAUGUUGAAGCCAACACAAUCAGCCAACAUAGGUACAUAAAGUCAAUACACAUAGUGCAUAAAAAGUGAAUAGUUGAUCGUUCAAAUCAAAUAACCCGAAUUGAUAAAACGAAUAAUUCUAUUACGACUCUCAAAUUUUCGAAUUUUAACUAGACAUUCAUCAAAAUUCGGAAUAACGCGAAAUUAAAACAGCAAACGACGACGACAACAACAACACAACAGCAACCGAAAAGAGAUAGAGAAAAAAAACGAAAAAGAAGAGAGUAUUGUCUGACGACAGAGCGGCUCUCAUUGUGUAUUUUGUUAGAAUUUAAGUGAAAUUCACUGUGUUUUUUGUUGUUGCUUGUACGUUCAACAAAUAUCUCGCUCUUUUCCCCCAUUAAUUCAAUGUUGUGCACUCAUUGCUGCCAGUUCAAGUUUUGCGUGAAUAAUGUGUAUAUGUAAAAAUAAUAAAUAACAACAAGAAAAAUAUAGUUUCGAAGCAUAAAAUAAACGUGAACAAACGCGUAUGUUUGUGGUAAGAGCGUGAAAACACACACAAAAAAAAGAGUACAACAAAAGCAACAACAAAGAUCUAGGAAAAAAAGACAAAAAUCUAUUUCUAUUCAAAACUUGUUUAUUUGAUUUGGUCCCUGGUUAUUUUUUUUCUCUCUGUGUUCAUUCUGAUUAAUUAUAAAGCUGUGUUGUAUGUGUGCAAAAAGCAUUUUCUUUGCUUCACAAAACAGAUACAAAAAUCAAAACAAAAAAAUUAUUGUUUCGUUUGCUGCUGAAUAGUGUGUAUCAUGAUACGUUUCCAAUUUCAAAAAAUAAUGAGAAUUUAAAUGAGCAAUUCGAAACGAGCAAAUGUGUGUUUGAAAAAAGUGUGAAUCAACAAAACAGCAGAGAAAAACAUUAGCAGAAGAAUACGAAGAAAGGCAUAAACGUGACGGCGAGAAAUUUUGUUAUUUUUUUCUGCGUAUAACGAAGGAACGGUGUAAAGUACAAUUGGGAAUUUCAUUAGUGACGCGAAAAAAAGGAGAAACAACAAUAAAGAGAAUAUCCUUUUGAGUAUAGUGUGUCAUACAUCAAUCACCAAACUCUCUGAGCCGUGUCGUUUCAAAUGUGAAUCAGAUAGUGAACGUUGUUUGUUGCUGCUCACAAUUACGCCACCUUCGACGUUCGGAUUUCAAUUUUCAACCGUCAGCGAUUACAACCAUCAGAUAGAAACAGAAGAAGGAAAAAAAAAAGCACAAACACACACACAAUCUCGAAACGUCGCGGGGCAACAUUAUUGGCAACGAAUAAUUAAUAAAUAAUUUUUUAUAUUUAUCUCGUCUGUCAUAUUCAUGCUCAUUGCGCUGUGCUCUCAUUCGAUUGAUUGCUGAUUUUUUAAGUUUUUUUUUUUUGGUUGGCUUCGAACCUUUUUCAAUUUUUACCACAUUUAUGUGCCUUUUAUUUCGCUAAGAAAAUUGCGUGGAUUGUUCAAUACGCGUAAUACAUACAAGAAUUAUUAUCCAAUUGGUGUUUGGUGGUGUUGUUGACGCUGCUGUGCCUGUUUCCCCUUUGUAGCGUUGUAUGUUGCUCAACUUUGACAAACAUUCGACACAACAGAAAAAGCCGUGCAACCGAGAGCUGCAACCACCAAAGAAGGCUUAUACGAUAUAGAUUUUCAGUGAAAAAAAAAGGCUCAAUCAUCAACGCGUCCGACCACGACACACACAAACACAAGAAGAAGAAGAAUAAGAUAAAGAAAAACCGUGGAUCACAAUAAAACCAGGGCUCAUUAGCCAAAUAAAAAUCACACGAAAUGAAUAGUCUGCUGAAAGCAUUCAAAGAAUUUUACAAUGAAAUUAAUGGUGCUACAUUAACGGGUGCAAUCGAUGUGAUUGUGGUAGAAAAAUCUGAUGGCAGUUUUGUGUGUUCACCAUUUCAUGUGCGAUUCGGUAAAUUGGGCGUUCUUCGAAGUCGCGAAAAAAUCGUUGAUAUCGAGGUAAAUGGCGAACCGGUUAACAUUCACAUGAAACUUGGCGAAAGCGGUGAGGCGUUUUUCGUUCAAGAAUGUCCUGAAAAUGAUCUAGAUGAACUGCCAGAAAAUUUAGCCACAUCACCCCUACCAUCCGAAGAAUAUGCAAAUAAAUACAGUGAAAGCAAUGAAACGGACGAGAAUAACACGAUUGGUGUGAAAAUUCGGCGAAAUUCAACCGUUUUGCCGCCAAGUGAAAAGGGAAAAGUCUAUGAAAAUCAACAAUCAGACUAUACAUCAAGACGAUACAGUGAAAAAGUAUUAAAUCGUCGUAAUGCAAGUGAAACAAAAGUGGAAUAUACGACAGAACAAAUUCGUCAAGAUAUCGCCGAAAAAGGGGCUUUAAUUAAAAUUGAAAUGAGCGUUUGCAAUGAAACAGAGAAUUCACUCAAUACAGAAUCGGAGGCAACAACAAUUGCCGAAGAGCCACUGACGUUCGAUGCGGACAAAGUUCAAGACAAUAAAAAAUGUGUACAAAACCAUAACAAUUCAGCUGAGAUCUCGGCAAUAGCAGACCAAAAAUCAAAUACCAAAGAUAUGGAACCACGUACAGUGUCUGACGAACAAACUGUAUCCGGUUUAAAAGAGCCAACCGAAUCCAAAUCGAAAAAGAAGCGACGAAAGAAGUCAAUGAUGAAGAAAAAAUCAUCAUUGACAACGGCAUCCAUAUCGUCGCCCAGUUUGAUUACAAAUAGUAAUGCAUCGCGUAAAAAUUCGUCAAGCAGUAGCGCUGGCUCAGCAUCAAUAGUACCAUCGGAUCAAAUGGACUUUGACACCGAUCCAAAUCAACCAUCAUCAAAUGCAACAUCCAUGUCGAUUGAAGAUUUAGCAAAAUCCGAAACGGCCGUCACCGCAAAUGAUAGCCUAAAUGAAUCCGGUGGCAAUAUUCCAGAUCAAACAAUGGAUACACCAAGAAUGUGUGAUUUUCAUUUUUUCAGUGAUACAGAGGUGGCCGCAAGUCCAUACGGUUCACGGCCAUCAACACCAAUUCAAAGUGAUAGUGAAUUUGAAAUAUCACAACGUGAAAAGAAUUCAGAUCCAAUGACCAGUUCGACAGCAUCAUGGAAAUGGGGUGAAUUUCCAAUAACACCAAAUAAAAAUGAUGCAGACAGUGUUGGCAAUAAAGAUGCCAAACAAGCCGAACGCAAUUCAACAUUAACUACCAUGCUUAGUUUUAUGAAAGAAACAAUGCGAAUGCGAAAGAGUACAUCGGAUGGCGGUGUUUAUUUGUCCGAUUUAAUGAAUACUGAAGGUUUAGAUCCCGAUGUGAUUGAAAAAUAUUUUCCACCAACGAAAAAUAAUGCUGAUUUGAAUUUAAACGAUGGUGACGAUCAUGAAAGUGGCAAUGGAACAUCAUUGCCACACAGCCCAAGCUCCGUUGAAAAUGGCAUCUCGAAAAGUAUUGCAUUUGAUUUUGAUCAAGAUGGAAAAUUGUAUGAAAAGAAUGUGAUUGCACUAUCAUUAUGCGGUGGAAUUGAAAAUAAUGGGCCAACCGAUGAAGAAUUUGAACAGAAUCUCAUCGAUUAUGCCGAUGUUUGUCAAAAUCCAUCAAUCUUUAUGUCACCAUUGUUAGUAGUUCGUUUAUGUGACAAAUAUUACAGUUGGGCGGCAGCCUCUUCAAUUGUCAUGACCGCUAUCGCUUAUCGCAAACCAUUGACGCAUGAUGCGAUUGAGCAAUUGAUGAACGCAAACAAAUUAAACGAUUCUCGAGAAAAUUCGGUUACACCAAAAACCGAUUUGGAUGAUUCGCAGCCAAAAGAUGCGGCCAAUCGUCGUAAUGCAGGCGGUUAUUCGUGGUGGAAAUGGCGCCGUUCAAAUGAUAAUGCCGAUAAAAAAUCACCACCAAAAGAAAUAAUGCAAGAUAGCAAAGAAUCACGACAAAGUGUUGAACGCAGUCACGAUGAAUUGAAAGAAAUUAUCAAUGAUUUGGACAGCAUGACAAUUGAUGAAUCAAAUGAAUCGGAGUUGAAAGCCCUUGAUGGUCAUAUCGAGUCACAAGAGUUGUCAACACAAAAUUUAGCCAUCGACCCAAUUGAUGUUGGUGUCAGAAACGACGAUUCAAUCAGUUCGGAAUUGGCCGACGUCAGUAAAUCGAGUUUUCCGGGCGAAAAAUAUCGUAAAACUUUACGUUUGACUUCAGAACAAAUUGAAAGCCUUAACUUAAAACCUGGAAUGAAUGAAGUGGAGUUUAGCGUGACAACAGCAUACCAAGGUACAUCACGUUGUAAAUGUUACGUAUUUCGAUGGAAAUGGACGGACAAAGUGGUGAUUUCGGAUAUUGAUGGAACCAUCACCAAAUCAGAUGUGCUCGGCCAUAUUUUACCAAUGGUGGGGAAAGACUGGGCACAAUUGGGUGUGGCCGAACUUUUUACAAAAAUCGAAAGAAACGGCUAUAAAUUACUGUAUUUAUCAGCACGAGCAAUUGGUCAAUCUCGUGCAACGCGUGACUAUUUGCGUUCGAUACAACAAGGAAAUGUUAAAUUGCCCGACGGCCCAUUAUUACUGAAUCCAACAUCAUUAAUAUCGGCUUUUCAUCGUGAAGUUAUCGAACGUAAACCUGAACAAUUUAAAAUUGCCUGUUUGAGCGAUAUCAAAGCAUUAUUCCCUGAAAAUCCAUUCUAUGCUGGUUAUGGCAAUCGCAUUAAUGACGUAUGGGCAUAUUGUGCUGUUGGCAUUCCGGUCAUUCGUAUAUUUACAAUAAAUCCAAAGGGUGAAUUAAAGCAUGAAUUGAAUAAAACAUUCCAAUCGACAUAUCAUAGUAUGGCUUAUAUUGUCGAUCAACUGUUUCCACCUGUAAACGAUCGUGAAGAAUCGGUCGAAUUUUCAAGUUUUAAUUUUUGGCGUGAACCAGUGCCCGACAUAAAUUGUGAGGAUAUUUUGGAACAGCCAUCCAGUUCAACAUCGAAAACAGAAGUGCCACGUGUACAACGCACACCAGCCACUCCAGUUGCCGAAAUUGAUUUACCAACCAUUCUCGAAAAGGCAUAAAUAACUCUCCGUUAAUAUACUCUAAUCACAGACCUGCGCAUGUACGCAGCGAAAAAUCAAACACACACACAUGCUGCAUACGCGAGCAAGGCUAUCACAAACAUUUUAAAUGAAACAAAAACAAAACCAAAAUGAUUAUGCGACAUACGGUGCAAAAACUGCAUCAAACACAUAUGGCUCAGCGCUAAAAUCAAACAAACAAAUGCAUAGUGAGAUUUCAAAAUAUUUUAGGCCAGUUCAUUAAUAUUUUCGUUUUUUUUUUUGAGGGAGAAUGGCAGCCAAAUAAAAGAAAACGUUACAAAAAUUAAAUGAACGUUUCGUUCAAGUGUUGAUUGAUGGCAUACCAACUGACACAAGUAUAUAAAUCAAUGUCGCUCGCUUAUUUCAACAAUGAAAUGUCUUUUCAAGGUCAUGAUCGGUGUCAUAUGUAUUUUCUAUGUUAAGACAGAAUGAAUUUUUUUUUUUUUGAAAAAUUACUGUGCUGUUAGUUAGUAUUCUUUUUGUUCUCUAUGUAUAAUUCUUCGGUUGCUCAAUGAACCUGGUGGCUUUCUGUGAAAAAGAAAAUUUAAGAAAAUAGCAACCUAUUUGUAAAUGGCAUACAUUCGAAUUAUUGACUGUACUAAAAGCUUGAAUAUGGCAUAAUACCAAUUAAAUCAUCUUUCGUUGAAGAAAAAAAAGAACAACAAAAAAAAAUUUAA